AGUACCUGCCGAGGAAUAACAGCUUGCCUUCCAAUCCGCUCAUGCAUCCGGACUCUGACAGGAUGCACCAAGGUACCACCUACAGAGAGGUGCAGAAGAUGAUGCACCAAGAGUACCUGCAAGGCUUGGCCACCAACGCUGGGCACCAUAUGAGUCUCACCCCUCACCAGUGGCUGCCCAAUCCUGCCAGCGACUGGGGCAGCGGAUCCCAUCUGGGUGUACAGGCAGAGCAUGCAAAAAGUGGGGUGCAGAGCAACAGAGAGGACCUGAGCAGCGGCUUCCACCACCACAGGUCCCACCUGGUUCAUCAGCAGAGUCCCAGCAGUCACGCGUGGGCACAGAGUGGGGGGCACCACCUGGCUCCCAUGUCCCCCAGCUCAAACAGCCACCAGCCCCUCAUCUACUCGCAGUCCUCCUACACCAACCUGAACGGCAUGCUGGGACCUCAGGCUUCCUCUUUGCACCACAGCAUGAGAGACCCCUUGCACGAUGACCCCGGAGUUCAUGACACUCAAGUAGAUUCCCCUCCUCAGCAUCUGGGCCACCAUCAGGACCACUCAGAUGAAGAUGCCCCUAGCUCCGAUGACCUGGAACAAUUUGCCAAACAGUUCAAACAGAGGAGGAUCAAGCUGGGCUUCACCCAGGCAGAUGUGGGCUUGGCCCUGGGCACCCUCUAUGGCAAUGUCUUCUCCCAAACUACCAUCUGCAGGUUUGAAGCGCUGCAACUGAGUUUUAAGAACAUGUGCAAGCUCAAGCCCCUUCUGAACAAGUGGUUGGAGGAGACAGAUUCAACAACAGGGAGCCCCACCAACCUGGACAAGAUUGCAGCCCAGGGCAGGAAAAGGAAGAAGAGGACCUCCAUUGAAGUUGGGGUGAAGGGAGCAUUGGAGAACCAUUUCUUAAAGUGCCCGAAGCCCUCAGCUCAUGAGAUCACAUCCCUGGCAGACAGUCUCCAAUUGGAGAAGGAGGUGGUGAGAGUUUGGUUUUGCAACAGAAGGCAGAAAGAGAAAAGGAUGACCCCAGCAGGGGUCCCUCACCCCCCCAUGGAGGAUGUGUAUUCACAAGCAGAGACCCCUCCACUCCAUCACACACUGCAGACCUCAGUACAAUGACUAGAAAUAUAUAAAAGAGGGGAAUUGUGAGGGGGUGGGAUGAAGUAAGUACUUUUGGAUUUUACAAAAGAAUAUAGUUACAGGACCCUUAAGAAAAGACUGGAAAAUCUCUUGCCAGAAGAUACACUUAAGACACACAAACCACAAUAAAAGCAAACAAACAAAAAAACCUUUCCCAAUACUGUUUGGUACAACUCCGCUCAUCUAGUGUUCUUGUUC